AUGACAGCUGAGGCACCGCUUCCUCCAGGAGAGCCCCUCGCAGAAGAAAUCGAUUUCAACGACUUCCAAGUAGGAGACGCUCUUGGAGGAGAUACAGUCGUCGCGAACAACGCUGAGCCAUGUCUGCCGGGCCCCACGAUCGCCCAAUUACCGACCUUCUCCGAAGAGCUCAAAAACCUCUCUUUAGAGGCCACUGCCGAACGGCAUCUAGGCUGGACAUCGGGUCUCUCUUUUGCAAAACUAACCCAGACAGUGCUCCGGCGCUUGACCCCCGACAAGGCCGACUUGAUAUUUAGGAGCAACCAGGAGAACACUGGCGGAGCAUCUUUCUUUAACUUAACUUCCCCGUCGGAUAUCUUCAACGACUCGAUCUUCCAGAGCCUAAGCGAGUCCAUCUCCAUUCACCCGCUGCUAUUCGGGGAUCUCUUUCUCGAGAAUAUUACGGGGCCCGGUAGCAGCGGACAGAAUCUGGUGUGGCCGAGUGACGAGGCCCAUGUUCAGCGUUUGGUAGAUUUCUACUUCGCCCACUCUCAUACUCUAUAUCCCUUUGUUAAUAGGUCCGAGGUCAUACAGACCCUUAAUCGGACCAGGGGAAAUCCGCAGCGGCUAGGAGAGCAGCCACCGCUCGAGAUCUUCAGGGUAUGGAUGGUUCUUGCGAUUGGGUCUACAUCGCUUUCGUCCGUAUCUUUAACCGAAGAAUCAGAGUCAAGAACUUACUACAGCAAGGCUCUGCAGUACUCGGAGCUCGCUCUGGGUAAUGGUGACAUGUCUGCGCUUGAAGUGAUUAUGCUUCAGGUCUCGUAUUCGUUUUUCAACCAGCUGGGACCGAAUACGUGGUUCCUUGUGGGAAUUGCGGCGCGAUUAGCCCUUGGUAUGGGACUGCAUACCAGCUCAACGUAUGAUAACCUGCCUGUGGAUGUGCAGGAGACGUACAAGCGGGUUUUCUUCUCAAUUUACAUGAUGGAUCGUGUGGUGUCUGUCGCAUUAGGACGCCCCUUUGCUCUCCAUGAUGACGAUAUAGACGUAACGCCCUUUGCCGCGGCUGAUGAGGAAACAAUCAAGCCAACCAGCAUCCCUCCCACAAACCCUCUCCACCCCCCUCUAAUGUCCGUGCCCCUCCACAUCCUCUCGCUCCGACGGAUCGCCAGCAAAAUCUCGCAUACUCUCUAUCGAGCCCGGAAAACCACCCCACUCCCCACUGAGUCCGAGCGCCGCGAAAUAAUCCACUCCCUUCACGAAGAGCUCGUCACCUGGCGCCGGACCAUGCCCUUCCCCCUCCCCGACAUCCAUCCCUCCGUCCCGCACCUAAACACAAUCUGGUACGACUUCAACUACUACACGCACCUGGCCAUGAUCUACCGCCCGUCUCCCAUGUCGCCAACCCUGGACCUGGAAGGAAUCAAGAUCCUGCAGAUGGCCGCGUCCAUGUCGGUUCGACAGGCAUUCAGCAUGCACCAGCAGCAGCGGUUCGCGUAUAACUGGCUGAAUUUCCUAGCGCUGUUUACGGCGACGAUCUCGCUGAUUUAUGCAAUAACGGCGCAACCCGAGGGGUUGGCGGUUAUGCUUGGGAAAAAGGAGACGAGGGCGAUUGAGGACUUGGAAUUGGCGUUGCAGCUUUUCGGGACCUUUGGGGUGAAGUUUUCUGCGGCCGACAGGAUUGGCGGGAUGGUGGGGGAGGUUUGUAGGAGGUAUAGGGCUAUAAGGGAUGGGGUGGAGGGAGGGAGUGGGGAGUGGUGA